AUGAUGAACUCUUAUCGGCAUCUAUUCCAUUUUGCAUUGAAAGUAUCAUUAUAUCAAACACCUGGUAGAAUAAUCCAAAGGUUUUUAUAUAUCAAUACAAUAUCAAUUAGAAAUCGUCUAUUUCCAAUUAUGUAUACAGUUAACAUUUCAAAGCAUACUCCACGGGGACGUCAUCAUCGUUUGGGAAAACAUAAUGCUGUUGAUGAUGAUGAUGAUGAUGAAUUAUCUGAUUUUGAAGACAAUCACGAGGAUGAUGAUGAUGAUGAUGAUGAAUCAGAAGACCCAUAUUAUGCAGAAGAUAUGGCAUUCAAUCCAAAUUUUCGACAAUUAUCAUCAUAUGUUAAAUCAUUACGUUAUGAUAAAAUUCUUCGUUUAGGCUUAGGGAUUACACGAAAUGCUUGUGAUAAUGCUUUUUUUACUGGUCGAUUAAGAUUGAAUGGAGAAAAAGUAUCGAAACUAGGUACCAAAAUUUAUGUAGGUGAUAA